GCAGGUGUAUGUGCAGUUGUUUCUUAGGAUACAAACCUAACAUAAUCUCCUUUCUCUAAGCCACUUGGACAUCUGAACUAAGGAUUAAAACUCCUCUCUACUACUGCAGCAUUUAUUGGCCCUGCAGUUUCUGAAGCUACAUUGGACCGCAACAUAUUUCACAGCACACCUUCCUAUUACAAAAUCUUGCGCUCCCUUCUUGCCACAACUCCACUGGCACUUAGUGGUUGUUUCCUGAAUACAAGUCAACUUACCAGAAGAAAACCAAAGCAAUUACAAAGAGGAAAAUUGGAUUGUAAAACCGGAACUUAGCCACACCCCCUUUUUGUGACAUCACUCUCUGUUCAUUCAGCUUCAGUGCAGCCUACUCUGAUUCAGUGUGUCAGCAGCCUGUCAGCAAGGAAUAGGAUUGUUUCCAUCUCUACACUAUCUGAUACAAGAGUCACCUAAAGUUGAGAUGGACUCGCUACAGGAUAAUGGGUUCAUAACAACGUCCAUGUUGAAAGAGGAAGAAAAGCUAGAAAAGGCUGCUGAGGUUGAAGAGCGGAAGAUGAUGGAAAAGGCUCGUAUGUCCUGGGAAAGGGAUUCCAAUGAGAUGCGCAUUAAAAGACUUCAGCACUUGCUUGAGAAAAGUAAUAUUUAUUCCAAAUUCUUGUUGACUAAAAUGGAGCAGCAGCAACUAGAGGAAAUAAAAAGGAAAGAGAAGCUAGAAAAAAAGAAGCUGAAACAGGUGUCAGACUCGGUGAAGAAUGCAAGUCAGACUUCUGCAGAUAACCCUGGCGUUAAAAAGAAAAGACAGAGAGAGGAAAACUACAGCAUUUCUGAUGUGAUGUCCAAAGAGGAAAUUUUGUCUGCAUCAAAGAAAAGCAAGCAGGAACCACAGGAUGAAAACUCCACUAGCAAGCUCACCACAGAGGAUAUCGAGAGGAAUGGCGAUUCUAACAGUGUCAUUAAAGACCGGCUAUCGCAGACCGUGAGGCACAAUGCCAAACACUUGCUUGAUCCAUUGAGGAAAGUAAAUGGUCAGCCAGUACCCUAUCAGCAGCCAAAAUAUUUCACAGGAGGUAUAAUGCGGUGGUACCAGGUGGAAGGAAUGGAGUGGCUUAGGAUGCUGUGGGAGAACGGGAUAAACGGGAUACUGGCUGAUGAGAUGGGUCUGGGAAAGACUGUGCAGUGUAUUGCAACUAUAUCUAUGAUGGUUGAAAGAGGCGUUCCAGGACCAUUCUUUGUUUGUGGCCCAUUAUCAACACUUCCCAACUGGUUAUCGGAAUUUAAAAGGUUUUCUCCUGAGAUCCCUGUUCUGCUUUACCAUGGAAAUCCACAGGAGAGACGUCAGUUGGCACGGAAAAUUAAUAAACGACAAGGAUCUUUAGAAAUCUUCCCAGUUGUAAUAACUUCUUUUGAAAUAGCUAUGAGAGAUCGUCAGGCUCUGCAGCAUAACUCCUGGAAGUACAUGAUUCUGGAUGAAGGCCAUAGGAUUAAAAACAUGAACUGUCGCUUGAUCCAAGAACUAAAGCAGUUCAGAUCAGACAACAAGCUUCUGCUCACUGGGACACCUCUGCAGAAUAAUUUAGCUGAACUUUGGUCUCUGCUUAACUUCCUGUUACCAGAUGUGUUUGAUGAUCUAAGGAGCUUUGAAUCGUGGUUUGAUAUAACUGGCAUCUCCCAGAACGCUGAAGAUAUUGUAGCCAAAGAACGUGAGCAGAACAUACUGCACAUGUUGCACCAGAUUUUGACACCUUUUUUGCUGAGGAGACUGAAAUGUGAUGUGACGUUGGAGGUUCCUCCCAAACGUGAAGUUGUAGUAUAUGCACCUUUGACAGAGAAGCAAGAGCGUUUCUACACUGCCAUAGUGAACAGGACAAUUGAGAAAAUGCUUGGUCAGGACAAGUCUCAAGAAAUAAUUGCAAAACCAACUGUUGGAAGAGCAAAGAGGAGAAGCCGAAAAGUGGUUAAUUAUUGUGAACUAGAUGAAGACACCCCAAGUGACCUUGAAAAAUUAGUCAUUCAAAUAAUGAAACAGGAAGAACAAGAAAGCCCACCAUCUGAAGAAUGUCUACCAGCAGACUCUGAAGUUAAUCUGAAAAUGAGGAAUGUAAUGAUGUUGCUUAGAAAGUGUUGUAACCAUCCAUAUUUGAUUGAAUAUCCUCUGGAUCCAGUAACGCAGGAAUUUAAGGUCGAUCAAGAAUUGGUGAAUAGUUCUGGCAAAUUUUUGCUCUUGGAUCGUUUGUUACCAGAAAUGAAAAAGAGAGGCCACAAGGUGCUGGUUUUUUCCCAGAUGACGAUGAUGUUAGACAUAUUAAUGGACUAUUGCUAUUUCAGACGAUUUAGCUUUUGUCGUCUGGAUGGAUCCAUGUCCUAUGCUGACAGAGAGGAAAAUAUGCAGAGAUUUAAUACGGACCCAGAAGUUUUCAUCUUCUUAGUCAGCACACGAGCUGGAGGUUUAGGGAUCAAUUUGACUGCGGCAGACACAGUUAUCAUUUAUGACAGUGACUGGAAUCCUCAGUCUGAUCUGCAAGCUCAGGACAGAUGUCACAGGAUUGGUCAGACUAAGCCAGUUGUGGUUUAUCGUCUGGUAACUGCUAACACUAUUGAUCAGAAAAUAGUAGAAAGAGCUUCAGCCAAAAGAAAGCUUGAGAAAUUGGUGAUUCACAGAAAUAAGUUUAAGGGUGGCCAAAAUGGUAUAAGUCAGUCAAAGAGUUGCUUGGACCCUAAAGAACUCUUGGAGUUGCUGAAGUCUCGAGAUCAUGAACGAGAAGUUAAAGGCUCUACUGGAAAGGUGAUCAGUGAUAAAGAUCUGGAGGAGUUACUAGACAGAAGUGACCUUAUAGCACAAAUGAAAACCCAGUUAUCAACUCACAAAGAAAAGCCUGAAGUGUUCAAAGUUGUUGAAGAGACAGAAGAUAUAGGCGCCUAACCCAGUGCCCCUGCACAGAGCUGGGGUUAAUGACGUAGUAACUUGUAGCGUUUUCUAUAGAUAAGUGUGACCAGGGUGAAGCUGUACAGAUUACUCUUCCUUUGCCCAUAGUAUCAUGGAGCUGCUGCCUGUUCUAGUGAUUAAAAGCGUCCCUGGUUUCACACUUAUAAUUCUGCACUUUCUGCUGCUUAAAGUCAAGAUUACUGACCAGAGCAAUCUUCCCAUGGAAGGAUUUGCAAGAUUUUUUUUAUGUUUGUAUAAAUAAAGAACAGUUAAGAUUUGUUUGGCUUUGCUCAUUACCGAACUUGAAAAGAAGAAAAACUUAAAGUAGGAUUCUUUUAAUUGUUUCUGUGUUUUAAUAAAAUGUUUCUCUACAUUU